AACCACUCUAAACAAAUAAAGUCCAAACCUUCCCAUAUAUAUAUAACUAUACCUCUUUGACACAUUUUCACAUAAAAAUGGCUAUGCUUAUUCAAAGCUCCAUAGCCAUAACAUCCACAAUUCUCCUCCUCUUCUUCAUUAUCUCAACCUCCAACCCCGCCGCGGCCACCAACAUCCAUAAUGUAGCCAAGUACGUGAGUCAGUCUACGAGACAGCAAUUUCUCGGGCCCCAAAACACUGCAAGGGCGUUCCUUAGAGUGCCACCCUUGAAGUGGGAUACGAAGCUCGAGAAAUACGCGCAGUUGUAUGCCAACAAAAGGCGAUACGACUGCGCGUUGCAACACUCAAAUGGGCCUUUUGGGGAAAACAUAUUUUGGGGAAGCGGGCGGGGUUGGACUCCAGUCCAGGCUGCUUCAGCCUGGAUUGAUGAGCGUAAAUGGUAUAGGUACGGGUCGAAUUCGUGCGCCCGGGGCCAAAUUUGUGGCCACUAUACUCAAAUUGUGUGGAGAAAGACUAGGAAAAUUGGAUGUGCAAGGGUGGAUUGCUUUGGUGGUAAGGGAGUUUUCAUGAUUUGCAAUUAUGACCCUCCUGGCAAUUAUUAUGGCGAAAGACCAUAUUAAUAAUACUAAUAAUAAAUAUUAUUAUUAUUAGAGUAAUUUGUGAAAAUAAAUAAUUUUUUUAGUGUUAUUUUACAAAAUAUUAUUGUUUUGAUAAUUAUUUGUAAAAUAGCUCUUGAAUUCAGAUAUAGUGUUAUGUGGAGAAUGUCAUUUUGCAAAAUAAUUAUUUUUAAAGAAUAUAUAUUAUUUUGUGGAGUGAUAUUAAAGAAUGAUAAUUUUGCAAAUGCUCUAAUAAGUUAUUAUUAAUUUAAUAAAUUAGUGAAUAUUGAUUUAUAAGAAAUUAUUGUAAAGAAACGUGUGGUUUGGUGUGGUGUUUUUGUGGCUAUUGACACACUAUAUAUACUACUUGAUAACACCUUUGAGUUUAUAUAUAUGUAUGUAUACUCUGAUUUCUAAUUUAAUGUUUACCAAAAAAAAAAAA